AUGCCUCCAUCUCCCCUUGACGACAGAAUUGUGGUGGCGCUGCCAAGGCCGAUCCGACCUCAGGAACUCCGACUGUGCCUGGACACCAGCUACCUGGACACCACCGUCACCAGCCCCGGCAGCAAGACGACGGUCAUCAGCACCACGGUGGUGAAGAUCCGGGCGACCAACCUCACGUAUAUGCCCUCAUCCAACGGCUCCACGCGCUCCCUGUCGUGUGGAUGCAGCAGUACCAGCUGCUGCUCGGUCACCACCUACGAGAAGGACAGCCAGCACAACCAGCGCCACCAGCAGAGCCACGUGAGCCAGGUUAGUGCCAGCAGCCCCAACCUCAGCUAUGCUGGACCCGCCUCUUCCUCCUCCAACCCAAUGGGCAUGGUCCACCAUGAGGCCUUUAGCGACCCCAGUCUCACCUCUGUGCCACCCAAGGCUCUAGGGUCCACCGUGCGGGUCAUCCACCCCAAUGAGCUGGCCAAGCGGAUGGCCAGGUGCCCCAUGGGCCACCCGGUCGGGCCAGUCCCGGUCAUCAUUGAUUGCCGACCGUUCAUGGAGUACAAUAAGAGCCACAUCCAGGGCGCAGUGCACAUCAACUGUUCGGACAAGAUCAGCCGGCGGCGGCUGCAGCAGGGCAAGAUCACAGUGCUGGACCUCCUGUCGUGCCGCGAGUCUUCCGGCAAGGACUCCUUCAAAAGCAUCUUCUCCAAAGAGAUUGUGGUGUACGACGAGAACACCAUGGAUCCCCAGAGGGUGACCUCCUCGCAGCCCCUCCAUGUGGUCCUGGAUUCGCUGAGGAGGGAGGGCAAGGACCCCAUCGUUCUCAAAGGUAGGACGAAGUUCAGUGCUCAUAUUCACAAAGUGUCUCAGAAAAGGAAGUGUAGGAGUGCUGAUCUAGGAUCAGUUUUGCCUUUCAGAUCAUAAUCUUGAGGUUCUCCGGAGGUUGUGUCGAAGCUUCAAAGAGUCAAAGUAGAAACACCAGGGAUGUUAAAUGGAAUGGUUGACGGAUGAGGGAAGAGGAUGAGGUCUUUCAUAUAAAAAGCCUACAGGACUGUUUUAAUUUUAUAAUUUUUUUUAGCUUUGGUUUGUCUCUGAGAGGAUGAGAGAGAUUGGUUUACAUAGCUGUAAGUUGGUCCGUCCAAGUCCUUUUCCAGAGGCUAGUCUUUAUGCUUCUGUUGUGAAGGAGAUAGAAGUUUAGAUGGCAAUAGGCAAUGAAGUUGGUCGAGGUGCAAUGGUGAUAUUUGCUAUUGAAUGUAUGUCCCUGAUGAAUAGGCUCAUGUUAGGUGUAAAGUAGAUGUAAGGACUUUGUCUUGUCUCCAUUGUGUGUAAGCCUCUUACACUGUAACUCACACUGUCAUUUACUGUGGACUACCCAUAUAAACCACAGUAUGAAGCCCUAAGCUGACACUUCACACACGCACGCACGCACGCACCACACGCACACACACACACACACACACACACACACACACACACACACACACACACACACACACACACAGAGAGAACUUAAUUCGGCAGGCAGCUCUAGUCCUGCCAGGGUAUGUAACAUGCUUUGGCUGUUGUGCAGAGACUAGGAGGCAGCUGUUAGUAAAUACUGAGCCCUGUUGAGGCAGCAGCCUCUGGGUUAGUGCCAUGUUUUCUAUCUUCGGUUUGUGUGUGUCUGUGUGUGAGUGUUUGUGUGUGUGCAGAGCUGGAGCAGCAGCAGGCUGUGUUCUGGGUUGGGGGCUGGGACAUGUGUGUCUGCCGUCUUGCAGGGAGAUCAUACUGUAGCACCUUGAUGCCAUCCCAUCCUCCCACGGCUCUACUGUCCUCCCUCCUCUCCUCUCGACUUGAUGGCUUCCUCCAUUCCUUCCCCCUUCCUUCCUCCCUCGCCCUCCCUCUGCGUCCGUCUCUGUCUGCGGCGGUGGGGAAACGGGGAGCGGGCUACAGCCGAGCAGAAUGUCUUGGUCUUUUUUUCUGAUUUAAUUCCCCUGAAAAGCAGGCAUCUGCUGCUGCAGGAAUCCAACGACUCAGCCUCAGCCCUGAGCUCCAUCGACCCUGUAUCUCCUGAUAUGUAUGACUCUGUCUCGGCCGGUCUCAACCCCCACUACCGUACAGCAGAGAACACUGUGUGUGUGUCCGUGUGUGUGUGUGUGUGUGUGUGUGUGUGUGAAGGAACAGUGGUCAUGUGGGUUUCCCAGCGUCAGUGUAAUUUAUAACCAGACAUGAUUAAUUCUAAUAUUGAUCAUGGAGGGUCUUAGUGGUGAAUGGGAUGAAUUGGAUCCUGUAGAAGAGAGGCCUCUAACCAUAGACAUAGGAUGCGUCCCAAAUGGCACCAUAUUCCAUAUAUACUGGAAUAGGGUGCCAUUUGGGAUGCAGUCCUAGUCUUUUUAGAGCCUUGAAAAAUAAAAGGAACAUGUUAUUUUCUUCAUCUUCUUUCAUUCCUCUUCAUUCCUCUUUUUUUUUUUUUUUUUUUUUUUUUAACUUUAGUCAAGUUUUGUUGGAUCGAGAACUUGUGGGCAUUUUUAAUCAGUUAUGACCCUGCAAUCAAAAGCCAGAAAUACACUACAUGGCCAAAAGUAUGUGGAUACCCCUUCAAAUUUGUGGAUUCGGCUAUUUCAGCCACACCCGUUGCUGACAGAUGUAUAAAAUCGAGCACACAGCCAUGCAAUCUCCAUAGACAAACAUUGGCAGUAGAAUGGCCUGUACUGAAUAGCUCAGUGACUUUCAACGUGGCACUGUCAUAGGAUGCCACCUUUCCAACAAGUAAAUUCUUCAAAUUUCUGCCGUGAUAGAGCUGCCCCGGUCAACUGUAAGUGUUGUUAUUGUGAAGUGGAAACGUCUAGGAGCAACAACAGUUCAUCCACAGGCCACACAUGCAUACAAACACACGAUAACAUAUGCACUAUACACACAUGUACACAUGGAUUUUGUGUUAUAGAUAUGUGGGAGAAGAGUAGAGGCCUGAGGGCACACACUUAAUAGGUUGUGAAAUCUGUUAUGAAUGUAUUGUAAUAUUUUUCAAAUGUAUAAUUAAUUUUGCUGGACCCCAGGAAGAGUAGCUGCUGCCUUGGCAGCAGCUAAUGGGGAUCCAUAAUAAAUACAAAUACAAAUACACAAGCUCACAGAUUGGGACUGCUGAGUGCUGAAGUGUGUAGCGCGUAUAAAUGGUCUGUCCUCGGUUGCAACACUCACUACUGAUUUCCAAACUGCCUCUGGAAGCAACGUCAGCACAAUAACUGUUCGUCUGGAGCUUCAUGAAAUGGGUUUCCAUGGCCGAGCAGCCGCACACAAGCCUAAGAUCACCAUGCGCAAUGCCAAGCGUCAGCUGGAGGGGUGUAAAGCUCACCGCUAUUGGACUCUGGAGUAGUGGAAACGCGUUCUCUGGAGUGAUGAAUCAUGCUUCACCAUCUGGCAGUCUGACAGACGAAUCUGACCUGCCCCAAUACAUAGUGCCAACUGUAAAGUUUGGUGGAGGAGGAAUAAUGGUUUUUCAUGGUUCGGGCUAGACCCCUUAGAUCCAGUGAAGGGAAAUCUUUACGCUACAGCAUACAAUGACAUUCUAGACAAUUCUGUGCUUCCAACUUUGUGGGGAAGGCCCUUUCCUGUUUCAGCAUGACAAUGCCCAUGUGCACAAAGCGAGGUCGAUACAGAAAUGGUUUGUCGAAAUCAGUGUGGAAGAACUUGACUGGCCUGCACAGAGCCCUGACCUCAACCACAUCGAACACCUUUGGGAUGAAUCGCCCAACAUCAGUGCCCGACCUCACGAAUGCUCUUGUGGCUGAAUGGAAGCAAGUCCCCGCAGCAAUGUUCCAAUAUCUAGUGGAAACCUUCCCAGAAGAGUGGAGGCUGUUAUAGCAACAAAGGGGGGACCAACUCCAUAUCAUUGCCCAUGAGUUUGGAAUUGAGAUGUUCGACGAGUAGGUUUCCACAUACUUUUGGCCGUGUAGUGUACAUAGGACUAUGAAACAAAUGCGAUUGAUAUUUUUGACUUAUAGUACUUUUUGGAUUUCCUGAGAAUUGUUCGUGAAUUUUACAAAUGGUAUUUAAUUUACCCUUAAGGAGGGAUACCAAAUGUUAGUUGCGAUUUACUCAUACAUUAAUGACAUGUGAAAAACUGUUUUUGGAUGCAUCCCAAAUGACAUUCUAUUCCCUAGCUACUUAUUGCACUACUUUUGACCAGGGCCCAUAGGGCUCUGUUCAAGAAUCAAAAGUAGUUUACUACAUAGGGAAUAGGGUGUCAUUUGGGACACAACCUCAGUCUCCGGUUUAAUCAUUGGUCUUUCUCCAGAAGAAUAAGUAAUGAAAGGCAUAUAUCAAUAUGGUUGUUGGAACUUGGAUGGCAUAUUUUGAUGCAGAAAACAGCAACAUUUCUAGUCCUGACUGACUAGUGACCCAGACCUAAAUGUAGUAAUGAGUUGUAUACAGUGGGGAAAAAAAGUAUUUAGUCAGCCACCAAUUGUGCAAGUUCUCCCACUUAAAAAGAUGAGAGAGGCCUGUAAUUUUCAUCAUAGGUACACGUCAAAUAUGACAGACAAAUUGAGAAUUUUUUUCCCAGAAAAUCACAUUGUAGGAUUUUUAAUGAAUUAUUUGCAAAUUAUGGUGGAAAAUAAGUAUUUGGUCACCUACAAACAAGCAACAUUUCUGGCUCUCACAGACCUGUAACUUCUUCUUUAAGAGGCUCCUCUGUCCUCCACUUGUUACCUGUAUUAAUGGCACCUGUUUGAACUUGUUAUCAGUAUAAAAGACACCUGUCCACAACCUCAAACAGUCACACUCCAAACUCCACUAUGGCCAAGACCAAAGAGCUGUCAAAGGACACCAGAAACAAAAUUGUAGACCUGCACCAGACUGGGAAGACUGAAUCUGCAAUAGGUAAGCAGCUUGGUUUGAAGAAAUCAACUGUGGGAGCAAUUAUUAGGAAAUGGAAGACAUACAAGACCACUGAUAAUCUCCCUCGAUCUGGGGCUCCACGCAAGAUCUCACCCCGUGAGGUCAAAAUGAUCACAAGAACGGUGAGCAAAAAUCCCAGAACCACACGGGGGGACCUAGUGAAUGACCUGCAGAGAGCUGGGACCAAAGUAACAAAGCCUACCAUCAGUAACACACUACGCCGCCAGGGACUCAAAUCCUGCAGUGCCAGACGUGUCCCCCUGCUUAAGCCAGUACAUGUCCAGGCCCGUCUGAAGUUUGCUAGAGUGCAUUUGGAUGAUCCAUAAGAGGAUUGGGAGAAUGUCAUAUGGUCAGAUGAAACCAAAAUAUAACUUUUUGGUAAAAACUAAACUCGUCGUGUUUGGAGGACAAAGAAUGCUGAGUUGCAUCCAAAGAACACCAUACCUACUGUGAAACAUGGGGGUGGAAACAUCAUGCUUUGUGGCUGUUUUUCUGCAAAGGGACCAGGACGACUGAUCCGUGUAAAGGAAAGAAUGAAUGGGGCCAUGUAUCGUGAGAUUUUGAGUGAAAACCUCCUUCCAUCAGCAAGGGCAUUGAAGAUGAAACGUGGCUGGGUCUUUCAGCAUGACAAUGAUCCCAAACACACCACCCGGGCAACGAAGGAGUGGCUUCGUAAGAAGCAUUUCAAGGUCCUGGAGUGGCCUAGCCAGUCUCCAGAUCUCAACCCCAUAGAAAAUAUUUGGAGGGAGUUGAAAGUCUGUGUUGCCCAGCAACAGCCCCAAAACAUCACUGCUCUAGAGGAGAUCUGCAUGGAGGAAUGGGCCAAAAUACCAGCAACAGUGUGUGAAAACCUUGUGAAGACUUACAGAAAACGUUUGACCUGUGUCAUUGCCAACAAAGGGUAUAUAACAAAGUAUUGAGAAACUUUUGUUAUUGACCAAAUACUUAUUUUCCACCAUAAUUUGCAAAUAAAUUCAUUAAAAAUCCUACAAUGUGAUUUUCUGGAAUUUUUUUCCUUAUUUUGUUUGUCAUAGUUGACGUGUACCUAUGAUGAAAAUUACAGGCCUCUCUCAUCUUUUUAAGUGGGAGAACUUGCACAAUUGGUGGCUGACUAAAUACUUUUUUCCCCCACUGUAGCUGUCAAACGUGUCGUAAGCAAACAUCAUUAUUGAUUUAUGACUGUGGACCUUACAGUUGAUGGAUAGCACUGGAAAGUGGAAACUGUGAGAAGCCCUCAGAGCUUCAGAGAAGUGGUAAUUUAUGAUUGAGGAACUGUGCUGGCGGCUUCUAAAAGUGAGAGACACUUGAAGGUACUUUCUUCCAUGAGAUUGUCGAAAGACACUUCACAGAUCUCAUCUCUCUCCACAAUGUGCCAGAAAAUUCUUCUGCCUUUCGUUCUCACUCUCACCUCUCAAAAUAAGCUAUUUACCAAUUGAGCGCAUCUUCACAAGAAAGGCGCCGCUUGAAUAUGUGCAAUAGAAGAGAAGUUAAAUUUUUUCAAAGAUGAUUUUGGUUGAACAGUUGGAUUUGUUAGUUUGUUGAAAAAUCCAGAAAGAGAAAGAUAUUUAAUGCAUCAUUAGAGAAUCUCGCCACACACACACACACACACACCUAGUAAUGUCAUAACAAGGUUGUGGUGGUCACUAUGAUUUAUUCAACUGUAGUAAUCUUCAACGCCUUUAGGACUCGUGUGAAGAGACUCUCAUUGCAUUAUUUACUGUUGUGUAAUUAUUAUAACAACAUCCCCCUCAGAGCGAGCGUGAGAGAUUAUUAAAAAAACGUUACUGGAGAAACAUACCAGUUUAAUUUGUUUGUUUAGUGUGGCCCUAUCAGUUGGACUUGUUUUAUGACCCUUUAUGAUAGACAACUGUCAGAAACAGCGACAGUGAAAUGCGGUAGGCGAAGUCACACGCAGGACACGGAGCUACUGGAAAUCGUACUUUAAUAUAAGUCGCCAGUGAAAUGAUCAGUCUCCAAACAACGGAGAAAACUAACAACCGGUACACUGUCGAUGACACAAAACAAUAACACACAACACACAAUGCACGACAGAGGGUUAAAUAGGGAAUACAAUACAACAUAAUGGGGAACAGGUGUACACAAUCAGACACAACAAGUCAAACACCGAAACAUAGAUUGGUGGCAGCUAGUACUCCGGGGACGACGAACGCCGAAGCCUGCCCGAUUAGGGAGGAGGAGCAGCCUCGGCUGAAUCCGUGACAACAACACCCUCCCUAGUUGACAGUUGAUAGGAGAUCAACACCCCCCCCCCCCCCCCCCCACACACACUUUGGUGCGAAAAGUACAAAUACAUUCCAGAACAACAGCAAAGGACCUUGUGAAGAUGCUGGAGGAAACAGGUUCAAAAUGAUCUAUAUCCACAGUAAAAUGAGUACUAUAUCGACAUAACCUGAAAGGCCGCUCAGCAAGGAAGAAGCCACUGCUCCAAAACCUCCAUAAAAAAGCCAGACUACAGUUUGCAACUGCACAAAUGGGGACAAAGAUCGUACCUUUUGGAGAAAUGUCCUCUGGUCUGAUGAAAGGAAAAUAUAACUGUUUGGCCAUAAUGACCAUCGUUAUGUUUGGAGGAAAAAUGGGGUUGCUUGCAAGCUGAAGAACACCAUCCCAACCGUGAAGCAUGGGGGUGGCAGCAUCAUGCUGUGUGGGUGCUUUGCUGCAGAAGGGACUGGUGCACUUCAUAAAAUAGAUGGCAUCAUGAGGAAGGAAAUGUAUGUGGAUAUAUUGACGCAACAUCUCCAGACAUCAGUCAGGAAGUUAAAGCUUGGUCGCAAAUGGGUCUUCCAAAUGGACAAUGACCCCAAGCAUACUUCCAAAGUUGUGGCAAAAGGGUUUAAGGACAACAAAGUCAAGAUAUUGGAGUGGCCAUCACAAAGACUUCAAUCCUAUAGAAAAUGUGUGGGUAGAACUGAAAAAGCUUGUGCGAGCAACGAUGCCUAUAACCCUGACUCAGUUACACCAACUCUGUCAGGAGGAAUGGGUAAAAAUUCACCCAACUUAUUGUGGGAAGCUUGUGGAAGGCUACCUGAAACGUUUGACCCAAGUUAAACAAUUUAAAGGCAAUGCUACCAAAUACUAAUUGAGUGUAUGUAAACUUCUGACCCACUGGGAAUGUGAUGAAAGAAAUAAAAGCUGAAAUAAAUCAUUCUUUCUACUAUUAUUCUGACAUUUCAUAUUCUUAAAAUAAAAAUCCUAACUGACCUAAGACAGGGAAUUUUUACUAGGAUUAAAUGUCAGGAAUUGUGAAAAACUAAGUUUAAAUGUAUUUGGCUAAGUUGUAUGUAAACUUCCGACUUCAACUGUAGAUACAUCAAUUGGAUGGACAUGGAAUUUUUUUGAUAGUUUAACACAGUAAUAUUUCCCUCCAAUAGACACGUAGCAGACGUGUUCCUGUCAAACCUCCCCAACUGACCGUAGUAACCUGCCAUUAUACCUGCAGGCAUUACGUUUAUUGUCACAUUUAAGUGUAUUUGUGUUUCGCUGACUCAUCCUGUUGUUGUCUGUUCUUUACCCAGGGGGCCUCAGCUCCUUUAGACAGAACCAUCAGAGUCUGUGUGACCACUCCCUCCACCUCCACGAGAGCCUGGAUGCCGGCAUGGGCGUCAGUGGGGCCUCCGGCCACACGGGGGCGCUACCUCACUCCAUGUCCCUGCCCUCCACGCCGGACAUCGAGAAUGCCGACCUGACGCCAAUCCUGCCCUUCCUCUACCUGGGCAAUGAGCACGACGCGCAGGAUGCCCACACGCUGAAGCGCUACAACAUCGGCUUCGUGCUUAACGUUACCACCCACCUGCCGCUCUACCAUUACGACACGGGCCUCUUCAGCUACAAGCGGCUGCCCGCCACCGACAGCAACAAGCAGAACCUGCGGCAGUACUUUGAGGAGGCGUUUGAAUUCAUCGGUAUGUGGGAAAUUUCUCUAAGUCUAGUCAGUGCAUGGCGGCUUGCCCCACAUGAAAAAGUACUAUAGUGUAUACUAUGGUAGGAAUACUAUAGUAUUCACUGUACUGUUUUUGCGGACAUUUCUGUAGUAUUUACUAUAGUAUUCUAUACUACAACAUUCUAUACUAAAUACUACAUAUGAUUGAGGGAUACUACAGUGGCUGUAUAGUAUUCUACAGUAUACUAUAGUUUACUGUAGUAUUCUAUAGUAAACUGUAGUAUUUUUAUGUGGGUGUACAGUAGAAGUGUACACUGAGUGUACAACACAUUAGGAACACCUUCCUAAUAUUGAGUUGCUCCCCCUUUUGCCCUCAGAACAGCCUCAAUUCGUCGGGGCAUGGACUCUACAAGGUGUCGAAAGCGUUCCACAGGGAGGCUGGCUCAUGUUGACUCCAAUGCUUCCCACAGUUGUGUCAAGUUGUGUAGCCUCCUGUAGCUCAGUUGGUAGAGCAUGGCGCUUGCAACGCCAAGGUUGUGGGUUCGAUUCCCACGGGUGGCCAGUAUGAAAAAUGUAUGCACUCACUAACUGUAAGUCACUCUGGAUAAGAGUGUCUGCUAAAUGACUCAAAUGUAAGUUGGAUGGAUGUCCUUUGGGUGGUGGAACAUUCUUGACACAUACGGGAAACUGUUGAGCGUGAAAAACCCAGUAUCGUUGCAGUUCUUGACACUCAAACCGGUGCGCCUGGCACCUACUACCAUACCCCGUUCAAAGGCACUUAAAUAUCUUGUCUUGCCCAUUCACCCUCUGAAUGGCACACAUACUCAAUUGUCUCAAGGCUUAAAAAUCCUUCUUUAACCUGUCUCCUACCCUUCAUAUACACUUAUUGAAGUGGAUUUAACAAGUGACAUCAAUAAGGGAUCAUAGCUUUCACCUGGAUUCACCUGGUCAGUCGAGGUCAUGGAAAGAGCAUAAUGCAUUGUACACUCAGUGAAUAGGGCAGAGCAGGGCGGGGAUUGCAGUUGGUGGCAGGAUCUCAUUGAAUCGAUUCAGGCCAUAUUAUGAUCGGAGUUAGUCAGUGAUUUAGCUUGGUUGAUACAUGUUCAAAUGGCUUGUUUUUAUCGAUCAGAGGCUGUGUAGGUUGUCUGACUUUUUAAUUAUGGAUUUGUUAGCUCUACAGUUAGUAUAAAGUAUGCACAGUGUAGGUUUUGAGUGAGUGGACUGCAGGGAAAAAUAUGACACAUUAGUUACAUAACUAAAACAUUAAUGUGAUGUUGUCGAAGUCUACUGCAUGUUUUAUGUUGCUAUGAUGAGUUCUAUUCUAAAGAAACUAAAAUGAUUAUCUUUUGCUGUUGAAGUCUAUUUUGUACAAUGUUUCAUGUGCUUUAGCACUAAAACGCUCCUAAAACUCUCCUCUCUUUCCUUUCUUCAGAGGAAGCACAGCAAGCGGGCAUGGGCCUCUUGAUCCACUGCCAGGCGGGCGUGUCUCGCUCGGCCACCAUCGUCAUCGCCUACCUGAUGAAGCACACCUGGAUGACCAUGACAGACGCCUACAAGUUCGUCAAGACCCGGCGGCCAAUCAUCUCGCCCAACCUCAACUUCAUGGGCCAGCUGCUUGAGUUCGAGGAGGACUUGAACAACGGUGUCACGCCGCGCAUCCUCACGCCAAAGCUCAUCGGGGUGGAGACCAUGGUUUAGGAGGACACCGCCAUUCCUGCUUUAGGAGGACAUCCCACAGGCUACUCUUAACAGGCCGAUUCUGAGAGAGAAAUCUUUAUUUCAGAAUCAUGCUCUUUUGGGACUGUCACAGGAGUGCCAAAGUUCUGGGUCACCGGUGAUGAGAUACGCCAAAAAAUCCCAGCUGUUCCGAACUGGCCGGCUUCCCGGAGGAACAGAAGUGUUGGGGGAGAGAAAAUGGUCAGUUGGAAGCUGUCCGUGCAUGACAACGGAGGAGCAAAAACAUGGAAGGAAAGGAAAAUAGAUUAACUAUUUAGAGAGAAAAAAACACCAUGUUCUGUGGGGACUUAGCAGUUUAGCAGUUAGAGAAACUGAACUCUUCAGGCUCACACUAUGCUGUGGCUCACGGUUAAUGUUGCAGGCAGGCUGGGGCUGAGCUGGCCGAGGCGGUGCCUGUCAGAAAAGAUGAAGACUUGUUUGGUGUGUUGAUGUUCUUGUUCUAUUUUUAUAUAGGGGUUUAUGGAAGUGACCAUGACAAGCCCAAAGUGGCUUACUGUGCAAUAAUUUCUGAGUGGAAAUGCGCCUGGGAGCUCGAUCUUAUGUGUAUAUAUGGGUAUUCAAUGACGAUAAAACAUUUCCAGCUCGCCGCUGAUUUGACAUGAAGUAACCUUUUUUUUUGUGUUAAUUGUUGUUGUUAUCGAUUCCGUAUUUUUUGGCACAUACAAUUGAGCUGUUACGUUUGGCACAAAUUAGAUAGACA